AUGCCUUACCCCCAGGGUAAGGCUGGUGCUAGCAAGAAGCAGGCCAAGAACCCGCUGAUUGAGAAGCGCACCCGCAACUUCGGCAUUGGCCAGGACAUCCAGCCCAAGCGCAACCUGUCGCGCUUCGUCAAGUGGCCCGAGUAUGUCCGCAUGCAGCGCCAGAAGAAGAUUCUGAACAUGCGCCUCAAGACCUUCAAGUUCCUGGCCAAGUACCGCCCUGAGACCAAGACCGAGAAGAAGGAGCGUCUGCACCAGGAGGCCACCGCCGUCUCCGAGGGCAAGAAGAAGGAGGACGUCUCCAAGAAGCCCUACAACGUCAAGUACGGUCUCAACCACGUUGUCGGCCUGGUCGAGAACAAGAAGGCUUCCUUCGUCCUGAUCGCCCACGACGUUGACCCCAUUGAGUUGGUUGUCUUCCUCCCCGCUCUGUGCCGCAAGAUGGGUGUCCCCUACGCCAUCGUCAAGGGCAAGGCUCGCCUGGGUACCGUUGUCCACAAGAAGACCUCCGCCGUCCUGGCUCUGACUGAGGUCCGCUCCGAGGACAAGGCCGAGUUCGCCAAGCUCCUGUCCGCCGUCAAGGAGGGCUACACCGACAAGUACGAGGAGGCCCGCCGCCACUGGGGUGGUGGUAUCAUGGGCGCCAAGGCCAACGCUCGCACUGAGAAGAAGCGCAAGGCUGCCGAGGCUGCCAUCAAGGUCUAA